UAUAACAGCUGAUAGUCAUAUGGACAAUCACCACCAGCGAGUUUUGAAAAAUAUUGAUCAAUAUGAUUUAAAAUUUAAGGAAGAUGACACUUUAACUCGUAAAGAACAAGAAAAAAUUGAAAAUAACAUUCUUAAAAUAUUUAAACAUUUUGAGUUAUUAAACCAUGAUGAAAUUUUUGAGCCGGAAUUGUUAAUUGAUUCCCAUGUAUCAUUUUUAAGGAAAGGAUUACAUGUUUUAAGUGAUUCUUAUGAAUGUCUGGAUGCAAGUCAAACAUGGCUUAUUUACUGGAUUGUUCAUAGCCUGAUUCUUCUUAAAUUCAAUAUUCCAGAAGAGACUAAAGAUAAAAUUAUAUCAUUCCUUGAUAGAUGUCAAGCUGAAAAAGGUGGAUUUGGAGGUGGGCCAGGUCAAAUACCACAUUUGGCAGCAACUUAUGCAGCAAUUAGUGCCCUUUGUACAUUAGAUAAUUUUAAAGCCUACGAAAUUAUCGAUCGGCAACAAGGGUUAAUCUUAGGGCGGCCUCUCCAAAAUAAUGGUCCUCAAAUUUGUUACACCAAAUUUAAAAUAUCUUAUCAUAUGGUCAAUAUUAAGUUUUGCAUACAAAGGCCGAGAGAAAUCUUUGCAUUUUCUAAUGAAUUACAAGAAGAUUUUUUAAAUGUUAAGAUCAUGAAUUGUCAAACAUAUGAAGGCGGAUUUUCUUGCACACCCGGAAGUGAAGCUCAUGGUGGAUAUACUUUUUGUGGUUUUGCCACUCUCUUGUUAAUGGAUAAACAACAUUUAUGUGAUAUGCCAAGUUUAAUGAGAUGGUUGGUAAAUAGGCAGAUGCCAAUCGAGGGAGGAUUUAAUGGCAGGACGAAUAAGUUAGUGGAUUCAUGCUAUUCAUUUUGGGUUGGAGCAAUUUUCCCUCUCAUCUUCGAAGCCCAAUAUCUUAAAUCGUGCAACAAUACACAAAAAUCCGCAGAUUCUCCUCACAUUCCCUGUCUCGAUAACUGGAUUUUUGAUUCAGAAGCUUUACAAGAGUAUAUACUAAUUUGUUGUCAAAGUUUGACCGGUAGCUUGAUAGACAAACCAGGAAAACCUAAAGAUUAUUAUCACACAUGUUACGCUUUAUCUGGCCUUUCUGUUGCUCAACAUUCAUUUAAUAACAAACCAUUCAUAAUUGGAAACCCAAACAAUGAUUUGAGUUACAUUCAUCCUCUUUACAAUUUGGAGAUCAACGCCGAAAGAAAGGCCAAAUCCUAUUUCAGUAAAUUACCAUUGCCUCAAAAACCAAACAUUAUUCCACAAAAAAACUAAUUAAUCAUUUGAUAAUAUCUAUCUAUAAAUUAUAAAGUUAUUUACAAUUAAGAAUUUUAUGCAUGCCCUUAACUCAUAUGUAAA